AUGGAGAGCAAGCCUUCGUUUCUCUACCAGGCCGUGAAGGUGGUGUCGCUGUGCAUCCUGUGGUACGCCUUCAGCUCCGGUAACAACAUCGUCGGCAAGAAAAUACUCAAUGAGUUCCCUUACCCCAUGACCCUCUCCAUGGUACACUUGAUAGCAAUAAACUGUUUCCUGGGACCGUCCCUCAAUCUUCUGGACGUCACCGACACACCUCACAUCACCAGGAAGUACUACAUUCGCCGGAUCCUUCCUCUCGCUCUCGGGAAACUGUUUGCUGGUGUCUCCUCUCACAUCAGCAUCUGGAGAGUCCCUGUUUCUUACGCACACACUGGUUAGUCUGCAUGUGGGGGGAAGUACACGAGUGCUAUACUCUGAGUCUAUACUGCAAUGUUGCAGCUAAUCUGGAUGCAAAGGGGACAGAUGUCAUUAUUAGUGAGGUGUCCAAUUUAUAGGGUUAAAUUGCACGGAAAGACAGUUUCCUGGUGUCCUUUGAGAGAUAUAUUCUUUUGUUUCCCUAUGCAUACUACUGUAACCAUGAUGUCGUUGUGAUGUCAUUCUGGAACCAUUCAGUAAAGGUGAGGGAGUGUUGUUUGAUGUAUGGCCUAUUAUCUAAGAGUGUGUGCGUGUUAUGCUCCAGGCUACGAUGCCGCUCUUUACUGUUCUACUGUCAGUCAUCAUUAUGAAGGAAAGAUUCACACUCAGUGUAAGUUGGUGCGGAUAACUAGUGAAGCACUCCCAUCUUUCUACCCAUCUCCUCCUUUUCUCCCUUCUCUCUCUCUCUCUCCCUUGUUUCGUCUCCCUCUAUCUCCAUGUCUCUUCCCCAGGUCUACCUAUCUCUACUGCCAAUAGUAGGUGGAGUAAUGCUGGCAACGGUGACUGAGCUGAGUUUUGACAUGAUCGGACUACUAGCUGCCCUCUUUUCAACUCUCUGCUUCGCUCUACAAAACAUUUACUCAAAAAAGUGUAUGCGUGAGAUAAGGGUGCAUCAUCUGAGGUUGCUCCUGGUAAUUAGCCAGCUCUCCUGCCUCUUUCUCUUCCCCAUAUGGAUGUAUACUGACGUCUGGCAGAUCAUUGCCAACCUACACAAGGUCCAGCAUCUUGGCUGGUUAUUGCUGGGUCUGCCUCUGUCUGGGUUUCUGGCGUUUGCCCAGAACUUUGUGGCGUUCACUGUCAUCUCCCUGGUGUCCCCAGUCAGCUACUCUGUGGCCAACGUCACCAAGAGGAUCGUGGUGAUCAGCACUUCGCUGCUCCUCCUCCAGAACCCAGUCACCCACACCAACGUCUGUGGCAUGGGUCUUGCUGUCACUGGCGUUGCUCUAUAUAACUGGGUGAAGUUCAAGCAGACAAGGGAAGGUGCUAAGCCAUUGCUCCCCACCCAGACAGAUAGUGUGAUGGACACCAGUUCCAAUAUGUAUGACGUAGACUUUACCGAUUUCAGCUCCCCCAUGAAGAUCAUUUGACCCAUGUUCAUCACUAUUAUCAUUCAUGCUCUAUUUUAUUUUUGUCGGUUGACAACA